UCCAAACAAUGUUCUCCAACUCCAUCCACGCUUCUACCAUCACAUUGCCUUCCUCAUCAUUCCUUAAUACUGCGUCGUUUCACCCCACGCGCCAUUCUCCCUCUUUUCCUUUUCCCCGCCGGCGGUUUAAUCCGCCCGCACUCCGAUCAGUUUUCCCGGUGAGUUCCAGCUCCUCCUCGCCACUCUUCGAUCUCCGAGGGAGCAAAGGAAUGAGUGGGUUUUUUUAUGUUGAAUUAAAAGUGCGCGAUUACGAGUUAGAUCAGUAUGGUGUGGUCAACAAUGCUGUUUAUUCAAGUUAUUGCCAACACGGUCGUCAUGAACUCUUGGAAAGUAUCGGUAUUAAUUGUGAUGCUGUGGCACGUAGUGGUGAUGCAUUGGCAUUGUCAGAAUUAUCAAUCAAAUUCCUUGCACCUCUAAGAAGUGGAGACAAAUUUGUUGUAAAGGUUAGGAUUUCUGGCUCUUCAGCUGCUCGUUUAUACUUUGAUCACUUCAUCUAUAAGCUACCAAACCAAGAGCCUAUUCUGGAAGCCAAGGCCACUGCGGUGUGGCUUGACAAAAACUAUCGUCCUAUACGAAUUCCAGCGGAGAUGAAGUCCAAAUUUGUAAAAUAUAUUCGAAAUGAGGACUCUUAAUUCGGUUUAUUGAUGAACAUGCCUUUUUUGGUUAUAUAACUU